GUGCUGGAAGGCAGCGUGGAUCAAUCCGAGCAGGCUUUCUUGACCGACGAGCAGAUCAAGGAUGGUUUUUGCGGCUUGGCGAGCCGCGGCUUUUUCGAACUCAGUCCUUACUUCCUGACCCUAGGCCUCACCUGCACAUCGUAUCCCAAGGAAGAUGCCAUGGGCUCAGUCGGUUGGGUUCGAAUCAAGACGCAUGUAGAGAAGGAGAUCAAUCGUGCGCUGAAGAGCGCUGAGCCGGAGCCGUCGUCGCACCGGGAAGUUUUAGAGGAGCAUGGCGGCAGUGCUGCCUCCACAGGCAUUCGCUUUCGACAGAAUUUCGGUGAGCAGGCAGAGCACCUGCUGAACCAACAGGUGCAGAUGGAGCUGAGUGCAUCUCACGCCUACCUUGCGAUGGCUGCCUAUUUCGACCGUGCUGAUGUGGCACUGCCGGGCUUUAAGGAGUGGGCGCAGAAACAGAGUGAGGAAGAACGUGAGCAUGCUGAGCCCUGGUUGCCCCAUGGACGACUGGGACAUACUGGUUGCCCCUGGUUUGACCUUUGGAAGGAGAAGUUCAUCAAAUAUCUCAAUCUCCGUGGUGGACGAUAUGUUCCAAGCAACAUUCCAGAGCCAGAGGACCAUGUCUUUUCCAGCGCAUUGGAUGCCAUGGAGACGGCAUUGAAGAUGGUGCGAUGGUUUCAGUCGAGUCGUUUUUGGCGAUGUAAAGCGUAG